GUCUGGCACCUGGCUUUCCGCAGCCUUGGAAUUAGGCUUCGCCUACUAGGAUUACGGGACAAGAAUGGGGAGACUGCUGGUAGCCAUGAGCUCCUGGGGUUAAAUCAGGCUGGUAGUCAUGGGGCUGGGAUGGCCCCAAGCCUGGUUAUUGGGCCUGCCCACAGCUGUGGUCUAUGGCUCCCUGGCCCUCUUCACCUCCAUCCUGCACAAUGUGUUCCUGCUCUACUAUGUGGACACCUUUGUCUCAGUGUACAAGAUCAACAAAGUAGCCUUCUGGGUUGGAGAGACGGUGUUUCUCCUCUGGAACAGCCUCAACGACCCCCUCUUCGGCUGGCUAAGUGACCGCCAGUUCCUCAGCUCUCAGCCCUGGUCCGGUGCCAGGCUCUCCUCAAAGGCUGUGGUGCUGGCACGGGUACGGGCGCUGGGCAGGCACGGGCCACUGCUGGCACUGUCCUUCCUGGCAUUCUGGGUGCCUUGGGCCCCAGCUGGCCUACAGUUCUUGCUGUGCCUGUGCCUCUAUGAUGGCUUCCUGACACUCGUGGACCUUCACCAUCAUGCCUUGUUGGCCGACCUGGCACUCUCGGCCCACGACCGCACGCAUCUCAACUUCUACUGCUCCCUCUUCAGUGCAGCUGGCUCCCUCUCUGUCUUUGCCUCCUACGCCUUUUGGAACAAGGAGGACUUCUCCUCCUUCCGCGCCUUCUGUGUGGCACUGGCUGCUGGCUCUGGGCUGGGCUUUCUGGGGGCCACGCAACUACUGAGGCGGCGGGUUGAAGUGGCUGGAAAGGACCCUGGGUGCUCAACCCUGGCCAUGGAUGGUGGCCUGUAUGGAGAGGAGCUGCUAGUGGGCAGUGAGGAAGUGGGCAGCAUCACCUUGGGCCAAUACCUCCGGCAGCUGGCACGCCACCAAAACUUCCUGUGGUUCGUGGGCAUGGACCUGGUGCAGGUGUUCCACUGCCACUUCAACAGCAACUUCUUCCCCCUCUUCCUGGAGCAUCUGCUGUCAGACCACAUCUCUCUCUCCACUGGCUCCUUCCUGUUGGGUGUCUCCUAUGUCGCUCCCCAUCUCAACAACCUCUACUUCCUGCCCCUGUGUCAGCGCUGGGGUGUCUACGCAGUAGUGCGGGGUCUCUUUCUGCUCAAGCUGGGCCUUAGCCUGCUCAUGCUGGUGGCUGGCCCAGACCAUCCUGGCCUGCUCUGCUUCUUCAUCGCCAGUAACCGUGUUUUCACUGAGGGCACCUGCAAGCUGUUGACCCUGGUGGUCACUGACCUGGUGGAUGAGGACCUGGUGCUGAACCAUCGUAAACAGGCGGCCUCAGCGCUUCUCUUUGGCAUGGUUGCCCUGGUGACCAAACCAGGCCAGACCUUUGCCCCACUGCUGGGCACCUGGCUGCUCUGCUUCUAUACAGGUCAUGAUCUUUUCCAACAGCCUCCAAUGACCCCUGUUGGGAGUGCCCAGCCCUGGCCAGAGCCACCAGCUCCAGCCCCAGCACAGGCCCCCACGCUCCGUCAGGGCUGCUUCUACCUGCUGGUGCUGGUACCUAUCACUUGUGCACUGCUGCAGCUCUUCACCUGGUCCCAGUUCACACUGCACGGGAGGCGCCUGCACAUGGUCAAGGCCCAGCGCCAGAAUUUGGCACAGGUCCAAACCCUGGACAUUAAGACAGUGUGAGAGGUGUAGUAAGGCUACCCUGUUGAGGACACUGCCCCAGUCAGGGAGCAGGAGCCACUUUUGCCAGUGUCCUGCUAGUGCACCUUCUUUGGGUGCAGCAUAGAGGAGAUGGCAGAUGGGAGCUCCUGGAACUUAGCUAGGAAUGUCAUUGAAGUCUUUUCCUCCCUAGCUGUCUGGCUCAGUUUGAGCAAGGGCUGGGCUGUAUGUGCUCAGAGACAUGGUUCCUCUGUGGGGCAGGAGGAAAGAGGACCAGAAGGGAUGGGGCUACAUGUGGUGACUGCCAUGGGGCAUGGAGGCCCAGCCUACUGUCAACUAGGGCUGGCUGCUCUAGCCAGCUUAAGAACCACUUUUGAUAACACAACUGCUCCCUUUUGCCUAGUCAAGGGAAGCCUACUCYAAGUGCCACUUGCCACUGCCUCCUAGUGUUUUUUUUUCAGAGGGUUCUUCUUUAGCUGUUUGAAGUAGCAUGUUCCCUCUGCUGCAGGACUCUCCCAUCAAUACACCUCUGGAGAAGCUCAUUUUGUUACAGAUUGAUUAAAGCCAGUCAUUCCUACUUCUUAGGUCCAUGUGAGAGAGGGAGAG